GAUCGGACGGUCGAGGAAAAAAUUGUUAAAAUGAGCAAAGUAUGUAUGACGACGGGUGGGAGUUAGCGUGUCAAAAAAGCCCCCAAAAAAUUGACGGAGGUACGCGCGCACCAUGAAUUUGAUACUGACUGCUGAGGUAACGAAGGAGUGGAGAGUGGUAGUGUAGGCAGAGUAGGCCACCCCCCUCCAACCCCCCACCACCUUUUGCCAUAAAUGUGCAUUCAGCAGCAUCUCCAAGCGUCCUUUCCUCUCCUUUACCAAUCCUACUCCAACUUGCUUUUCCCUUCCUUCCUUCCCUUCCUCCCACCCUCCCUCACAGACACCCCAAGAAACCUACAUCUCCAUAACCCAAAAUUCCAGUUUCUCUUUUUUAUAUUUUCCUUUUCUUUUAAUCUCUUUAUUUUUUCUCUCGUUUGGGUUUAUUUUUGAGAUUGGGAUGCAUAGGCUUGUUGUUUGAAGGGUGUUCUGAAUUUGGUUUUGUUUGGUUUGUGGGAUUGUAUGAGAGAGAGAGAGAGAGAGAGAGAGAGAGAGAGAGAGGGAAUGGGAACUGAGGAAGAAAAGCAUGAUCAUGGUCAAAGUUCAUGCCAGGGGCAAGGAGAAGUUGAUGUGCCACUUGACAAGGUUGAAGAUUCAGUAGUAGUUGCUGAAGAAGCACCCCAAGUUCAUCCAUGGAAGCGACAAAAUCUCCACCUGGAGAUACCCACGAGAACAUCCGAAGAUUGUGUUCAGGAUUUUGUUGCAAUAAAGAUGCCUCCAACACCGAGUCCCACUCCUAGGAAAGUAAAUUUUCUCUUGACACCUGGUUCUGUAGAUGGAAGAAUGAGUGGAUCGCCAGGGCCCUCUUCAGCUAAAGGCAAAUCAUCUAUAAAAUCUCUUUUACCAAAACUAAGCUUCAAGUAUCGAAGUACUGCUGAUGCGGAGAAGGCUUCCAACCUAGCUUCAGAAGGUUCUUCUACAGGAGUUCGGGAAAAAGCUUCCAUCUCAAGGUCACUGUCUCUCACAAAAUUAUUCACACCGAAGAUGAACAGAACAUCAUCCCUACCUGUAACUCCAAUGGCACUUGCACUCCGAGAAUCUGCACACGGCGGAAGUGUUGGUGGCUCUCUGAAUUCAAUUAGGAAAGAAUCCAAAAGACAGAUAGCUCGCUCACUUUCAGUCCCAGUCAACCAUAAAGAAAUGAACUUAAGGAGGAUGGAUUCAUUUUUUCGUGUAAUUUCUUCCACUCCUCGAGUCAAGGAAGGAGAUGAUGUAUCGAUUAGUUCCCCAACAGCAGAUGCUGGGAAAGAUGAUGAUAAUGGUGAAGACAUAUCUGAGGAAGAGGCCGUCUGUAGAAUUUGUCUUGUGGAACUGUGUGAAGGGGGUGAGACUCUCAAAAUGGAAUGCAGUUGCAAAGGUGAACUUGCUCUGGCUCACCAAGAAUGUGCUAUUAAAUGGUUUAGCAUCAAAGGUAACAAGACCUGUGAUGUGUGUAAGCAAGAGGUUCAAAACCUGCCUGUCACUCUAUUACGAAUUCAAAGUGUUCGAGCUCGAAAUGCUGGUGCAAGUUUAUAUGGGCAGGAAGAUGCUAAUGGGUACAGGGUUUGGCAGGAAGUGCCUGUGCUUGUCAUUGUCAGCAUGCUUGCCUACUUUUGCUUUCUUGAGCAGCUCCUCGUGGAGAAGAUGGGUACUGGAGCAAUUGCCAUCUCUCUUCCAUUUUCAUGUGUACUGGGUCUCCUCUCAUCCAUGACCUCAUCAACCAUGGUGCAAAGAAGAUUUGUCUGGGUUUAUGCAUCGGUUCAGUUUGCUCUGGUGGUUCUAUUUGCACAUAUAUUUUACUCGAUGGUCCGUGUGCAAGCAGUUCUUUGUAUUCUCCUCGCAACAUUUGCUGGGUUGGGAGUUGCGAUGAGUGGGAGUUCCAUCAUCAUCGAGUUCUUGAGAUGGAGAAGAAGAUGGCAAACUGCAUCCGAGCAACGUCAGAUGUCCUAAUUGUCGACAUGAGUCACAUGACUAGAUCAGUUGCCAGGAACCAUAAAUUCACACAGGAGUCCAAUCUUUUAUUGUAAGGUCAUCAAUGGCUGACAUCACGUGAUUAAGCUUAUAGCGGAGAUUUGAGUUUCGAUAAUUUUUGUAUAUAUCCUGGAAUUUUGUAUGCUUCCUAUGUUUAAUACAAGAUUUGAGAUUGUAUAGCCUCAAGAUAGCAGUGUUGGUACCAAGUAGUGAGUAAUUAGACGUAUUGUUGUUAGAUCAAAUGAAGUAUUAGUUUCUGUACCCGUACUCGGAGUUUCAAGUUAGAAAUUACAGAAAUACAAACUUAUUUUGUAUGGUA